ACCCACACAGGUUUGCUCAGUCACACAGAUCUGGGUUGUACAUUCAACAAAGCUGCAGCUUGAAAACUUUUGCUUCACUUCCAGAAUCAGUCAAGUUCUCCUGCUGAGUUCUCGAUUCAUCGUUGGACAUCAGGGAAUCCACCUGGUCCAGGAUAAGUCCAGAGGUCUUUAGAGAUAAAAGAAACUGAUCCAACUUUUUAUAAGUCCAUUGAAAGGAUGGAACAGCAAAGCUUCUUCACUCACAGAAAAGCAUUGGUGGUGAUGUGCAUUGCAGUGUUUUUGCUGGCACAGCAGGCACACGCAGGUCCGCUGGUAUCACGGCUCCAGUCUGGCUCUGACCAGAUCCGAGACGUAAGGGGGGAACACACAGAGCACAUGCUGAAAAGAAUUGCCCGCAUGACCCCUCUAUGGAGGAUCAUGAGCAGCAAACCAUCUGGAGCUUUCUGCCAAAACAACUUUGAAUGCGCGACUGGACUCUGCAGGGAGGGACGCUGCUCUACAAACCAACGCCCCUCGUCAGAGCCUGUGAAAUAUUAGAUCCUGCAGGACACCACCAGCGAGUUUACAUCAGCGUACAAUCCCAAUCUGGAUGCAUUCUGAAAACUAGGAUACAAACUAUAUUUUUGUCUGGAUUAUCUGAAUUUGUAUUUAUAACUAUGAGAAUUAUAUCUGCACAGCUACUUGGAUUUAUUGCCAAUUUAACUACCAGAAAAUGUAUACAAACAGCUAAAUAUGUGCAUAAUUUUGCAUGAAGUGAGGAAAGUUACCAAAAAUGACUUUGGUGCUAUGAUCUAAAAGCCCAAAAAUAUAAGAUUUUUGUUUUUGGGAUGUACAAGUUACUUUAACCUUGAACUUCAUUCUACACCCUUCCUAAUAACACAGGGAUGGUUGAUAGUUCAGUUGGAUUCUUGUGAUAUAACGAUAAUGACCCAUAAAAAAAAAAAAACAGACAUAAGCUACAAAUCCCACCAUUUUUACGUCCUCUGGACAGAACUGGCUUAAAUUGUUUUAUUAGAUUGUCUUUUAUCUGUAGUUUUAUUCUAAUGACAGAUGGUAGGAGCAGGAACCGACCUACAGCACAGAGACUCUUUCACGACCUUCGCUCCUUCCGAUCUUAGUCAAAAGUUGAUGUCAUUAUGCUGUUUUGAAGUACACAUGCAUUGCUUUUAUCUCAAGAAAGUCUACGCAGCAGAAGAUAAUCUACAUUCGUACAGUGAUGUGAUUAGCAGAGCACGGAAACCCUAAACUGAAAUGCUUUCAACAGAAAAUUACAGAUUUUUCUUCAAAAUACCAAUCAUUAUUUAUUCUCUAGAAGAGGCUGUGUCCUGCACAGCUGACAAAAGACUAAGAGAGAUUUCAGAUUUUAAAAUGAACAGCGAAACAUGGAUCAAACUUUAAGUUGGCAAUGAUAAACUAUAUUAAGUUCUAAAGGGAGAAAUAAUUUUGUUUACAGGAUAAAAUCUCAGACAUAUUUAUAUGCCUUCUUUGUCUAAAUGUCAAAAUUGUUCCUGUUUGUGUUUAGCUCUUAUUUUUGGUUCAGUCUAGAAUAAUUUAUCACCUUGAAUUGGUUGUCUUCAAGCGCUCAACAUGGAUCUGAUUCAUAACCACGAGCUGCACGGCCUUCACGUUUGCACAUCUAUCCCCUGACACUGGAUGGGUUUAGAGUCCUUUUUUAACACGCCUGCAGAGUUUACAUCACGCACACGGCAGGCGGAGUCUGAUGUUUUGUGCACUUUGUGUGUCAGAGAGAGAUUUUAGUUGGACUGCACUUUUUAAAUCUAAAUAUCGUUGUACUGUACGGUGUUACAAACAUGUAAAAGAGUGGAAGAAAAGCCUAAUAAAAGCUUUUGAAAAAGGA